CGAUGAAGUUCUGUGCCCUGUUUGUGUUCCUGAUAAUCGCGUUAUUUGCCGUUAAGGUGGACUCUCAAUCGCCCUCAUUCCUACAAUGUCUUAACGAAAUAAAUGAUCCAGAGCUGUGUGAAAACUUCAAGGAUCAAUUCCCCGAAGAUGCCCCUGCAGUUCCUGUCGACGACUAUACUUUCGAAGCCCAUUCUGGAUAAUUUCCUUUCACCAUCAUUAAAUUUAUUUUGGAUAAAUACAAAACAGAGCUGAAUAACUUAUUGUGGAGAAGGUGGAGAGCAGCUCUAUUGUCUUAAAAGUUAAAUGAAUAAAAAAUUUGGUUUUACUUUUA